CAUUUUGUCAGCCAUUUCCUACACUGAUCCAUUGGCAGAGUCUCCUGCACGGCACGGGACGCCCCAUUUGGCCUCAGUCAGCUUCUCCUGCCCCGGGCUUGGUCAACAGCAGCGGACCCCCCCCCUCCCCUGCACGCUCGGUACCCGGGUUGAUGAGAGACGGUGUAGCGGGUCGCUCGGCUCCCACCAGACCUCUGCAAGGCGCUCGGCCCCGGCAGGACACUCAGCACCGGAGCGGCACAAGUCCCAGACACAGACAUGGCUCUGAAGAUUGUCAAGGGGAGCAUCGAUCGGAUGUUCGAUAAAAAUCUCCAGGAUUUAGUACGUGGCAUCAGGAACCACAAGGAGGAUGAGGCCAAGUACAUCUCCACGUGCAUCGAUGAGAUCAAACAGGAGCUCAAGCAGGACAACAUCGCCGUCAAAGCCAAUGCUGUGUGCAAGCUCACCUAUCUUCAGAUGCUGGGCUAUGACGUCAGCUGGGCCGCAUUCAACAUUGUUGAAGUCAUGAGCUCCUCUAAGUUCACAUACAAGAGGAUUGGCUACCUGGCGGCUUCACAAUGCUUUCACGAGAGCACCGAUGUCAUCAUGCUGACAACCAAUCAGAUCCGAAAGGAUCUCAGCAGUCCCAACCAGUAUGACACAGGCGUUGCCCUCACUGGCCUCUCAUGUUUUGUGACCCCUGACCUCGCUCGGGACCUGGCCAAUGACAUCAUGACACUGAUGUCGCACACUAAACCCUACAUCAGGAAGAAAGCUGUGUUGAUCAUGUACAAAGUGUUUCUCAAGUACCCAGAGUCCCUGCGCCCUGCUUUCCCCAGGCUUAAGGAGAAACUGGAAGAUCCAGACCCAGGUGUCCAGUCAGCAGCAGUAAAUGUCAUCUGUGAGCUGGCCCGCAGAAAUCCCAAGAACUACCUUUCUCUGGCCCCGCUCUUCUUCAAACUCAUGACCUCCUCUACUAAUAACUGGGUUCUCAUCAAGAUCAUCAAGCUGUUUGGUGCGCUCACACCACUCGAGCCAAGAUUGGGGAAGAAGCUGAUCGAACCUCUGACUAACUUAAUCCACAGUACCUCCGCCAUGUCUCUGCUGUAUGAAUGUGUCAACACCGUGAUUGCAGUGUUGAUUUCUUUGUCCUCUGGGAUGCCUAACCACAGUGCUAGUAUCCAGCUCUGUGUGCAGAAACUGCGAAUCCUGAUCGAAGACUCGGACCAGAACUUGAAGUACCUGGGCCUGCUGGCCAUGUCAAAGAUCCUGAAGACGCAUCCCAAGUCAGUGCAGUCUCACAAGGACCUCAUUCUCCAGUGUCUGGACGACAAGGAUGAGUCCAUUCGCCUUCGAGCUCUGGACCUGCUCUAUGGCAUGGUUUCUAAGAAAAACUUAAUGGAGAUCGUAAAGAAGCUGAUGCUGCACGUGGACAAAGCAGAAGGAACCACCUACAGAGACGAGCUUCUCACCAAGAUCAUUGACAUCUGCAGCCAGAGCAACUACCAAUACAUCACCAACUUUGAAUGGUACAUCAGUAUCCUGGUGGAGCUGACCCGGUUAGAGGGCACACGGCACGGCCACCUCAUUGCCUCUCAAAUGUUGGAUGUUGCUAUUCGGGUCAAAGCCAUUAGGGUCUUCGCUGUGGCCCAGAUGGCUACUCUGCUGGACAACGCCCACCUGCUGACCGGCAACAUGCAGCGAAACGGCAUCUGUGAAGUGUUAUACGCUGCAGCGUGGAUCUGCGGCGAGUUCUCAGAACACCUGGAGAACCCAAUGCAGACGCUGGAGGCCAUGCUGCGGCCAAAGGUGGCCACCCUCCCCGGCCACAUACAGGCAGUUUACGUGCAGAAUGCAGCCAAGCUGUUUGCCACUGUGCUGAAGAGCCAGGAGGGGAACACUGAAAGCACAGCCGCGCAGGAAACCAGCCAGCUGAUGAUUGAGAGGCUACCGCUGUUCGUCCAGAGCGCCAACCUGGAGGUGCAGGAGAGGGCAUCUUGCAUCCUGCAACUUGUCAAGUACAUCCAGAAACUGCAGCAGAAGGAUGUAGAAGUAGCGGAGGAGGUCAGUGCUCUGUUUGCUGGAGAACUCAACCCUGUGGCCCCCAAGGCACAGAAGAAAGUGCCUGUUCCUGAAGGUCUGGACCUGGACGCCUGGAUCAACGAGCCUCCAUCUGAGAGCGAGUCUGAGGAUGAGCAGCCCAAGGCUAUUUUCACCAAGGAGGAGCCCAAACACUCCCGCCCCCGUCACACAGAGGUGGAUGAGAAGGAACUGGCGAGGAGGAGAGAAGCUAGAAAGCAGGAGCAAGCCAACAACCCGUUCUACAUCAAGGCCUCCCCGUCCUCUCAGAAGGUUUAUCAGGACACCCCUGGAGUGGAGCACAUCCCAGUUGUGCAGAUUGACCUCAGUGUGCCUCUCAAAGUCCCAGGUCUGCCUAUGUCUGACCAGUACGUCAAGUUGGAGGAGGAGCGCCGACAGAAGGAGAGGGCAGAAAAGAAGAAGAAGAAGAAGGAGAAGAGGAAAGAAAAGCGCAGUGGACGAGGGAAGAAACAUGACUCCGGCCCAGAGAGCGAGGAGGACAUCACCCCUGCGCAUAUGGUCGACAUAGUUACUGAGGAGAUGCCAGAGAAUGCCUUACCCAGUGAUGAUGAUGACAAAGACCCCAAUGACCCUCACAAAGCGCUGGACAUCGACCUGGACAACUUGUUGGAGAUGGCUGGGCGCAGGCCUCUUGCAGACAGUGAGAAACUACCUGUCAGGUCGCACCGUGCAGCAGAGGCUCCAAAAAGCCCCGGAGAGGAUGGAGACGCAGAGAGUGCCGCCACACAGGAGCCCAGGAAGAAGAGAAGCAAAGAUAAGAGGGAGGAGAAGAAGAAGGAUAAAGAUGGAGAUAGGAAGAAGAGCAAAGAAGAGAAGAAGAAGAAAAAACACAAACACGAAGAAAAGGAGGAGGAUCUCCUCAGCGGUCAAGCAGAAGAGUCUGUGGUCCAAUCAGAAGAAAGCAGUCAGGUGGCGGCGGCGCCGCCCACAUCGACCAGCGCUGAGGUUUCGGAUCUGGAUUUCUGGCUCUCAAACGCUCCAGUGCCCUCUAACACCCAGGAAGCAGCAACAGUAGCAGAAGCAGCAGCAGAAGCAGCCUCUGUGCCCGAGGCGGUCUCAGGCACAGCGCCAGACUCUGAGCCUGAUGAGCCCAAAGAUGCCGAGAUGGAGGAGACUAAGUCCUCCAAACACAAGAAGAAGAAGCAGAAGAAGGAGAAGGAAGAGAAGGAGAAGAAAAAGAAGAAGAAGCAUCAUCACCAUCAUCGCCACAGUGAUGCAGGUGGAGAGGAAUCUGUGCAGAAUGGCACUGUGGAGGAUGAAGAGCCUCUGCCGUCCAUGUCCAAUUACUGCCUGCUGGCAGAGAACUCCUACAUCAAGAUGAUGAUGGAAGAUGCUGAUCAGGUUUAUGACAUCCAGGGGAACCUUCAGGAUGGCAGUCAGGUCGUGGUGUCUGUUAUAUUUGAAAACAAGUGUGACAGCUUCCUCAAAUCCAUGGAGUUCAACGUCCUGGACUCUCUCAACUCCAAGCUGCAGAGGCCAGAGGGCUCGGGUCCACAUGAUGGCCUCACCGUCCCCUUCCAGCUUCCACCAGGGGUGUCCAAUGAGGCGCGAUUUGUCUUCACCAUGCAGAGCAUCGUGAUGCCACAGAAACUGAAGGGAACACUCACCUUCAUUGUCAAGAAUGAUGACUCCUCCACUCAUGAGAAACUGGACUUUAAACUGCACUUUACCUGCACCUCCUACCUAAUCUCUACUCCUUGCUACAGUGAUGCGUUUGCAAAGCUGCUGGAGUCAGGGGACCUGAAGGGCAGCUCUGUCAGACUGGAGGGGGUCAUUAUGCCCUUCCACCACCUACUAGCCAGGAUCUGCUUCCACCACCACUUCUCAGUUGUGGAGAGGAUCGACUCCUGUGCCUCCAUGUACAGCAGGACUAUCCAGGGUCACCACGUCUGUCUGCUGGUCAAAACUGUAAGUGGACCAGUCAUAUUCCUUCCAUAA